GCGAAAUUGGAGGGCCACAACCGCACGUAAGUUUCGUCUCUGGUGGAAGCAAAAAUACUGCCCAAGAUGCGUUCCUCGUGCCCAAGACUCUUGGUACUGUUGUUACUAGUGGACGUUCAUCUUUGCGCCUGGAGAAGGUCUCUUGACAAGAAAGAAGCGGACCUACUGGCGCAAGUCUCCAAGAGUGGGAUCGUGCCGGACUUGAUCGACGCAGUUCCCGACGCAGUCUUCGAAGUCGCCUUCCCGGCGGGAAAGGUACUCAUGGGAACCGCCCUCACGCCUCACCAAGCUUCUGAACAUCCGACGGACUUAGUGUUCCCGAGAGAAGAAGGUGCGGUGUACGCCAUAGCGAUGCUCGAUCCGGAUGCUCCCAGCAGAAGCGAUCCCAAAUUCAGACCGAUCCUCCACUGGCUCGUCGUUAACGUGGCCGCGGGAGAUGUGAAAGCGCCCGUGAAUCUGAGGAGGGCCACGGUCUUGAUGAACUACCGUGGUCCCAAGCCUCCGCUAGGCUCCGGUCCGCACAGGUACGUCUUCCUGGCCUACAAACAAAGGGGGACCAUCGCGUCGCCACACACUUUGACAGUUCCGCCCGAGAAGAGGUUCAACUUUAACAUGAACAAGUUUGCACUGGAACAUGGCCUGGGCAGGCCGGUGGCCGUCAAUUUUUUUCUCGCUGAGGAUGCCUACGUCGACGGCCAGACUCCUAUCAUGGUCUGGACUCUGGUGGUGUUUUCGGUGUUAGCUGGGUUCGUAGGUCGCCUCUUUUUGCUCAGUUCGUGAGCGACUCAGCCGAUGGCCUUUGCCUUGGCUCACGUUUUGUAGUGUAUCGCGGACGAAUUCGUGCUUUUCAAUUUUAGGCAAAUGCGCGUCGAAGGUUUUUCGUAUUAGAGAUAUGCCGUCGACAA